AUGGUGUCCCAGGUACGUGGUCCCAACCCCAAGAAGACCGAAGUGAGGAGGUGCGUGGUCUCAGUCGAAGAAGGCGGAGGCAGGGACGAGGCGCGUGCUCAUCCUCAACCAAUAUGGGGUCCCAGGUGCGUGCUCUCGCGGACCAGGCCGGCGCAAUAUGGGGUUCCAGGCGCGUGGUCUCAGCCCGAAGAAGGCGGAGGCGGGGACGAGGCGGAGCUGGGGUCCCAGGUGCGUGCUCGGCAGGGACGAGGCCGGAGCGCUUAUCCUCAACCAAUAUGGGGUCCCAGGUGCGAAAGCGGAGGCGGGGACGAGGCCGGAGCGCUUAUCCUCGACCAACGUGGAGUCCCAGGUACGCGAUCUCGGCCCGAAGAAGGUGAAGGUGGG